AUGGAAGUCACUCGUUGCGGCAUUCACGGCUUCCACAAAGCCAUUGGUAUUGAUACCGAUGAGCUGCGCUUCUUUUGGGUCCUUGAGUCAAAUGGGUCAAAUUCGAAGCAGGCUGCUUACCGGGUGGUGGUGUCUGUCAAGUCCGACCUCGACCACCUCCCCGCAACCCCGCGGCCGGACGCCUGGGAUUCAGGACGAGUCGAGAGCGGCGCACAACGCAACAUUGCCUGCAAAACGGUCACUGGGUUCAAAUCGACGACAUUCUACUAUUGGCAGGUAACGGUCUGGGACCAGAAUGGAAAUGUCUCGAAAAGUGCCAUCAACGAGUUCUACACCUCAUACACCCGCUCCUCGCGGCUCUUGCCUCCAUACAGCAUGAACCAGACAUAUAUGCCACAUACAUCCCUGAUCUUCCGCACAUGGUUCGAAAAUGAGCCCGACCGGUGGAAGGCCGUCUGGAUCGGCAACGGGUCCGAUAAGCCUUUUUACCUGCGCAAACCAAUCACACUCUCACAGACCAAGAAAGUUUCACGAGUGAUCGUCUUCGCGUCUGGUCUCGGCCACUUCAACCUCUCCAUCAACGGCUCCCCAGCGUCCGCACACGUCCUCGACCCGGGCUGGACAAACUACCACCGCACGGUGCAGUUUGUCGGCUACGACGUAACCGAGCACUGGAAGUCCAGCUCCGAGGAUAAAGGAGAGAACGUGAUUGGCGCACACGUCGGCAACGGCUUCUACGCGGGUGACCAAGGCGAUCGCUUCUUCUGGCCCAUGUACGAGGAUAACACGUACGUGCGCUACGGAAACGAGCUGUGCUUUUUCGCCGAGGUGCAUGUGCACUAUGAGGAUGGGAGCCAUGAGACCAUCAUCUCCGAUCCGAGCUGGAAGGUUCGAAAGAGCGCGACGACGCUCGCGAAUAUCUAUGCGUCGGAAGACCAUGAUCGACGCCUCUAUCCUGUUGGCUGGGACAGUCCCGGUUUCGAUGAUGGUGAUGACUCGUGGGCUGAUGCGAAGCCAUUGACUGGACCAAGAGGGAAAUUGAGAUAUCAAUCUCAGCCACCUGUUGUUCUCCAUAAUACAUUUGAGCCGGUCCGGACGCAGAAGCUCCGGCCUGACGCAACAAUGUUCGAUCUUGGCCAGAACUCCAGUAUCAUGGUCAAAGUGUCAGUAAUAGGUCCCGCAGGCUCCGAAAUCAUAAUCCGCUACUCGGAAACAAUCGACGACAACGGCUUCGUGUACAUGCCCGACCCGCUCUUCAAGGAAUUCGAGCACGGCGUCUACGCAAAGUUCACCCUCGCGGGCACAGGCGAGCCAGAAACAUGGACGCCCGACUUUUCAUUCACAAGCGCACGCUACAUCCAGAUCGAAGGCGCCUCGCUCGACCCCACCGAUCCCCUCCCCACAAUCACCUCCGUCACCGCGCGACACGUCUCGUCCGGCGCACGCCAACUGGGCUCCAUCAAGACCGACAAAGACGACGUCAACGCCCUGAUCAACGCCUGCUACUGGUCCUUCUCCUCGAACCUGUUCAGCUACCACACCGACUGCCCCCAGAUUGAGAAAUUCGGCUGGCUCGAGGUCACGUCCCUCCUCUUCCCCGCCACGCAAUACAUCCGCGACAUGGAGUCGCUGUACAGCAAGAUCCUCGACGACAUCAUCGACACGCAGGAAUCCAACGGACUGGUCCCCACCAUGGCGCCCGAGAUCCGGUACAUGUGUGGCCCGCUGCAUGAUACGAUUACGUGGGGGUGUGCGGUGUGUUUCCUCCCGGAGAUGAUUAAACGGUAUUACGGGAGCACGCAGGUGUUUCAGAAGAUAUAUCAGCCCGCUGUGCGGUACAUGGAGUAUAUGCGGACAAAGGAGCGGAGUGGCGGGUUGAUUGAACACGGACUCGGCGACUGGGGACGGGAUAUCGCGUUUGGGAACCACCAGGCGAAUAUCGAGACGGCGGUUUAUUACCGGUGUCUGAAGAACGUGGCGCUCAUGGCGCGGGAACUCGGGUACGGCGAGGACGAGAAGCGGUUCGAGACGUGGGCGGCGAGGAUCUACGAGGUGUAUAACCGCCAUCUCCUCGUUACCGAUAAGAAGCAGUACCCCUACGCGUUUUACACAUCCCUCGAUACCCCCGGCGUCCACGACAGGACCAUGAUCGCGCAGGCAACGGCGCUGCAAUUCGACCUCGUCCCCGCGGAACACCGCCCGGACGUCAUAAAGGCCUUCUUAGCGGACUGCGCCGACUCCGGAAACACCAUGCGCGCCGGCGAAAUCGGCCUGAAGUACCUGUGGAACACGCUGGGUGACGCUGACGUCGACCGCCCCGACAUCGUCCUUGAAAUGGCGCGGCAGGAGCAACACCCGAGCUACAUGCGGUUCCUGCGCCGCGGCGAAACGACGCUCCUCGAGUUCUGGCAGGAUGCGUGUCGGAGCAAGUGCCAUGACAUGCUGGGGACGAUUUACGAGUGGUUCUACUCGGCUGUGUUGGGGGUGAAACCGGUGGGUGAUGCGUAUCGCUCUUGGACGCUGCGGCCGCCGGUUAAGAGUGAGUUUGGGUUUGUGGAGGGGAGUGUGGAGUGUCCGUAUGGGAAUAUCGAGGUUCGGUUUGAGAGGAAGGGGGAUCAGAGUGUUGGCCUUGAUGUGAAGGUUCCAACUGGCACGACUUGUACGCUGCAGUUGGUAGAGGGGUGGAGAGUUGUUGGGGGGGUAAAUGGGGUGGAGGGCAAGGAAGGGGAGGUGGUUCUCGAGCAGGGGAGCUAUCAUUUGACUCUUGCGGAAUAG